AUGCCGGUGGAAAGGAUGCGUAUGCGCCCGUGGCUGGAAGAACAGAUCAACUCAAAUAUGAUACCAGGGCUGAAGUGGCUUAGCAAGGAAAAGAAGAUUUUUCAGAUCCCCUGGAUGCAUGCUGCUAGACAUGGGUGGGAUGUGGAAAAAGAUGCACCCCUCUUCAGAAACUGGGCCAUCCAUACAGGAAAGCAUCAACCAGGAAUAGAUAAACCCGACCCGAAAACGUGGAAGGCAAAUUUCCGAUGUGCCAUGAACUCCUUGCCUGACAUCGAGGAAGUCAAAGACAAAAGCAUAAAGAAAGGAAACAAUGCCUUCAGAGUCUACCGGAUGCUGCCCAUGUCUGAGCGACCUUCUAAGAAAGGAAAGAAACCAAAGACAGAAAAAGAAGACAGAGUGAAGCACAUCAAGCAAGAACCAAUUGAGUCACCUUUGGGGCUUAGUAACGGAGUAAGUGAUCUUUCUCCUGAGUAUGCGGUCCUGACUUCAACUAUAAAAACUGAAGUGGAUAGUACGGUGAACAUCAUAGUCGUAGGACAGUCACAUCUGGACGGCACCUAUGAGGAUCAAGAGAUUGUCACUAAUCCCCCGGACAUCUGCCAAGUUGUGGAGGUGACCACCGAGAGCGAUGAGCAGCCAGUCAGCAUGAGUGAGCUCUACCCGCUGCAGAUCUCCCCCGUGUCUUCCUACGCAGAAAGCGAAACUACCGAUAGCGUGCCCAGUGACGAAGAGAGCUCGGAGGGUCGGCCACACUGGCGGAAGAGGAACAUUGAAGGCAAACAGUACCUCAGCAACAUGGGGCCACGGAACACGUACCUGCUGCCCAGCAUGGCCACCUUCGUCACGUCCAACAAGCCCGACCUCCAGGUCACCAUCAAAGAGGAGAGCUGCCCCGUGCCUUACAACAGCUCCUGGCCCCCGUUCCCAGACCUCCCCCUCGCCCCCUCCAUGAGCCCCACGCCCAGCAGCAGCCGCCCGGACCGGGAGACCCGGGCCAGCGUCAUCAAGAAGACGUCAGACAUCACCCAGGCCCGAGUCAAGAGCUAUUAA